AUGAUUGAGUUGGUCAACGAUAUUGAAAAGCGCCAGGUGCUGGGAUUUGCGACUGCAAGGAUACACGUUGUUGAAUUUCAAAAGCGCGGAUUGCCCCACUGCCACAUGCUGAUUUGGAUCGAUGAGCGUGACGCACCCGCUACAGCAGAAGAUGUGGAUGCAACCAUAUACGCAGAAAUUCCGGACAGAACAACGCAUCCGAAACUGUACAAAAUCGUCAUGGCUCACAUGAUUCACGGUCCAUGUGGGUUAAGCAACAAAGCGUCUCCUUGCAUGGACAGCGGCCAAUGCUCAAAAUCUUUCCCAAAGCCACACAGCCAAGAGACCAUCGUCAACGACAACGGUUAUCCCACUUAUAGACGAAGAGAUACGGGAGUUGUACAUUACUUGAAGCGAGGACAGACAGGUUUCAAAGUGGACAAUAGAUGGGUAGUUUCCUAUAAUCCUUGGUUGUUGCUCAAGUUUGAUUCCCACAUCAAUCUCGAAUAUUGCGCUUCCAUUGUCAGUGUCAAGUUCAUCUUUAAGUACGUCUACAAAGGGUAUGACUGCCUGAAAAUGGAUCAAAAAGUUGGAACAUAUCAGCUCAUAGACGGCGACGAACCGAGGGUGGAGUGGGACGAAAUAACAUCACAUCUUGAUGCGCGGUACGUCAGCGCCCCAGAAGCCUGUUGGCGAAUAUUUAAGUUUCCCAUUUCCGAUCGUUCGCACGCCAUCUAUCGCCUGGCCGUCUAUUUGCCGCGAGAACAGCGCGUCUUUUUCCAACUGGGAAACGAAAUGCAAGCCGCGAUCAAUGCCGCCUCGAGAGAUACCAAUCUGACUGCUUACUUCAAAUUGAAUCACAUCGACGAAGACGCACGUCAAUAUUUCUACAGAGAAAUACCUCACCACUACGUUUUCGUUAAGAAAACCAGUUCGUGGAAAGCUCGGGCGAAAAGGGCGAAGAUAAUCGGCCGCCUAUACACGGUUGGCGUCCGGCAAGUGGAAAGGUAUUGCCUUCGGCUGCUUCUCAUCAACGUCAAGGGCGCAACGAGCUUCGGAGAUCUGCGAACCAUCGACCAAGUUCUCCAUCCUACAUUCAAAGCUGCAGCAAUAGCACUGAAUUUGUUGGAAGACGACCUCGCUUGGGUUAGAGCCAUGGAAGAAGCGGCUACAUUUCAAAUGCCUCUUCAGCUUAGACAACUCUUUGUCGACAUUUGCAUCUUCUGCAAUCCCUCUGACGCUCUGCAUCUCUUUGAAACCAACCUGAACCAUCUGAUGGAAGACUUCAUACGAAGUGGAUUCGAAAUCAACGUGGCCAAGCACUUGACGUUUAAAUGGAUUCAGGACAAGCUACGUCUCCACAAUCAGACGAUGGAAGAUUUUUCCUUGCCUAUCCCUGAUUUCCAUCUGCGAAGCCAACUAGCCGAUGAUCAGAUAGGAGAUAACAACGCAAAUACUCAAAGAGAAAAGAGAUUGAUUGGCGAACGUAUGCUGGCCCAACUCAACGACGGUCAACGCGCGGCCUUUGAUCAAAUCAUGACUGCCGUUAACGAUGUCAACAACUUACAUCCGAGACAGUAUUUCCUGGAUGGUCCUGGAGGAACGGUAAAGACUUUUCUCUACAACACCCUCAUAACCGUUCAACAAGGCGAAGGAAAACAUGUCAUCGCAGUGGCUUCCACAGGGAUCGCGUCGACUUUGGUGCUAGACGGGUCAACUUACCAUUCUCAGUUCAAGAUUUACCCUCCAAUAACAGAGACGACAAGAUUGAAAAUCGAAGAAGGAAGCUACAGUGCGCAAAUGAUUAGGAACGCCAGUCUCAUAAUUUCUGACGAAGCUACAAUGAAAACCAGCCACGCUCUCGACGCGAUCAAUCAUCUAUUCCAAACUGUAACGAAGAAUAGGGUAGAUCCCUACGGUGGUAAAGUUCUUUUACUCGGCGGGGAUUUUAGACAGUGCUUGCCCGUUGUCGGACACGGAAACAGAGUCAAAGUCACGGAAGCAGCCAUCAUCAACAACACGACAUGGAAUCUUUUCCGACAGCUUCGGUUAGUGCAGAACAUGCGCACUGAAGCCGAACACGUAUUCGGUAACCCAUCAGAUCUCUUAAACGAAGGCGUGACAGAACAAAUUUGUAACAGAGCUAUCUUAUGCCCCAAGAACGAAGAUUGUCUCAGAAUCAACGACAACAUUAUAGGAGAGAUGCCUGGUACGCUGAAAGUCUGCAAGAGUAUUGACACCAUCGAUUCAGAGGACCCAGAAGAAAUUUCCAACUACCCUCCGGAAAUUUUGAACACCUUCAACGUGUCUGGGUUACCUCCGCACCAACUCAAACUGAAAAUAGGAGCUAUCGCCCUUCUUGUAAAGAACAUCGACUCGCGACAGGGACUUUGCAACGGCACGAGGCUCAUCAUCAAGGAUCUCUGCGAUAACUUGAUUGUAGCAGAAAUUGCGGCCGGACAAACACAAAGGACACAACGUUUUUCUGCCACGGAUGACUAUGUCUCCCACUGA